CAAACCAAUCCACGUCGAGAUACUACCCGGUCAAGCUGGACUGCUCCAGCCGGUCGCCUUCUCCUCUCAUCAGUCUCCUCUCUCUCCUCGCCCAAUUCUCAGCAAUCAGGUGCUUCCCAUGAGAUGGCGGUGAAGAAAAGAAGCCGAGUAAAAAGAGGAGGAUGAAAGAAAAAAAGAGGGGAAAAAAGGAAUCUUGAAAUGUCGAUUUGGGCUCGCAAUGGCGAGACACGAGAUUCCCAUCUUGGAAAUCUUGUUGGUUUCUUCCGUUUUUCAUGUGUAAUGGCUAAGAAAUCUAAUUUUUUCUCAUGUCGGUAAAAAACAACUUGUGGGUCUGUAGCUAUUGGGUUCAUGGAAGGUACCGUCAGCUGCGGUGGUGAAUCAAUGGAGACGGAAAUGGGCCACAGGGACAGCGAUGGAAUGGAGUACGGCCUGGAAUUGGUCGUGGAACGCAGCAGCGGCGAGGGAGAGGAAAUGCCGGCGAGCCCGGUUGCCAGGUCCCAGGGAGGAGACGCCAAAAUUGAACCUUUUGAAGGCAUGGAAUUUGCCACCGAGGAGGAUGCUUGGACUUUCUACAACAGCUAUGCUCGUCUUCUGGGGUUCAAUACCAGGAUCAGCAUCUUCCAUCGCUCGAGGCGCGACGGGUCCAUCACUUCCCGGCAGUUUGUGUGCGCGAAAGAGGGCUUCCGGACCUACGGCACCAAGCAGGACCCCUGCGGUGAAGGGAAGCCAAGGCGGACGCGGGCUGUCACAAGAGUCGGUUGUAAGGCAAUGAUCCGAGUGAAGAAGCAGGAGAAUGGGAGGUGGGUAGUUUCUAGGCUUGAAAAGGCACAUAACCAUGAUCUCAUGGCCCCAAGCCGAGUGCAUUGCCUCCGGUCGCAUAGGCUUCUAUCUGAGAGUGGGAAGAGAGCAGCAAAUGAUUUCCAAAGAGCAAGAGCAGACCACGGCAGUGAAAUGCUGGCAAUUAAAGAAGAAUCUCAUGAGCCCCGAGUAUGUUAUAGCGAGAUCAUUCCUAAGACAAAGGUUGGAAGAGAAAAUCACAGUAUUGUAGAGUAUAUCAAGCACAUGCAAGCUGAAGAUCCUGGCUUGUUUUAUGCACAGCAACUUGAUGGGGAUCAGAGUGUGGGUAAUGUUUUUUGGGCUGAUGCAAGAUCAAGAAUGGCUUACAAACACUUUGGAGAUGUCGUCACCUUUGACACAUUGUAUAAAAUGCAUCAGCACCAAAUCCCAUUUGCCACUUUCACGGGAGUUAAUCAUCAUCGGCAACCUGUGCUCUUUGGUUGUGCACUGAUUGUGGAUGACUCUGAAUCUUCACUCACCUGGAUCUUUGAGAUGUUGCAUUCGGCAAUGUCUGGACAACAUCCCACCUCAAUGAUCUCCGAACAAGACAGAGUGAUACAAGCUGCAAUGUCGCACGUAUUUCCCCAUACACGACACCGUAGUUGCAAGUGGCACAUCUUGAAAGAUGGUCAGGAUAAACUGUCGCAUGUCUUUCUUGCAUAUCCUUCUUUCAAAGAGGAAUUCCAUCAAUGUAUUAACAUGACAGGGACAAUUGAUGAGUUUGAGUCAAGUUGGAGGAGUCUCGUGGCUAGGUUUGACCUUAGAGAUAAUAAGUGGCUUCAAUCAGUAUAUGGUUGCCGCCAUCAGUGGGUUCCCGUGUACUUGAAGAAUACAUUCUUUGGAGAAACGUCUUCAACCCAACGAUGUGAAAGCAGAAGUUCAUUUUUUAAAGGGUAUAUAAAUGCGCAGACUGAUGCACAAACAUUUAUUCAGCAGUAUGAAAAGGCAUUAGAUAGCUGGUACGAGAAGGAGGUGAAAGCAGAUUUUGAUACGAUUUACUCUUUACCAAAUCUGAAGACAUCAUCAUCAUCAUCAAUGGAAAAGCAAGCAGCAGAGCAAUAUACAAGGAAAAUAUUCAAAAUAUUUCAAGAAGAGUUGAUUGAAACAUGUAGAUAUACAGCAGAUGAAAUUACCGAGGAGGGGGAGAUGAGCAUAUAUAAUGUAAGAAAGAAGGAGGAGGAACAUAAAGCAUAUAUUGUUGAGUUUAGUCCAUCUGAAACUACUGCAACGUGUAGCUGUCAGAUGUUUGAAUAUUCAGGCAUUCUUUGUAGACAUAUUUUAACAGUCUUCAGUGAAUUGGGUGUUAAUAUGCUCCCAUCUCAUUACAUUUUAAAAAGGUGGACAAGAAAUGCUAAGGAUGAAGGUGUUAGUGGAAUAAAUCAUAGGGUGGUAAAGGAUGAAGAGAAAGAUGAUUCCCAAAGUAACAGCCAAGAUUGCCAACAAUCGCCGACAUGGCGCUACAAUAGUUUAUGUCGUGAAGCUAUUAAGUUUGCAGAGGAUGGGGCAACAUCUAUGGCUAUUUACAAUGUAGCAAUGCGAGCUCUACAAGAGGCCGCAAAAAAGGUUACUACAGCAAAGAAAAAUGUUGGGAAAGUUGGGUGCCAAGGUGCUUUUCCUAAUAGAAGUACCGACAAAGAGAACGGUGCAGCAGCUCCUUUGGUUUUAAAUACACCUAAUGGCCAGGUUUGCUAUACCCUUUCCAGUGACCACCUGCUGGUUCAUAGUACGCGGGGCAUGAAUUUACCUGUUUCACUUACUGUCCAGAGACAACUGUUCCCUUCAACAAUACCUGCCAGUGGGUUGAACGAAAAUGGUUCUCUAAUGCUAACUGUUCCUUUAAUGAGCAUCCAAAGAGGAGAUCCCAAGUUUGCAGGAACUGCAUCGCAGCCACCUCAGUGCUCAAGGGAAACAUCUGCUUCCUGUUGCAUCAAACACUCUGUUGCCAGCAGAUUUGGUUGGGAUCUCUCAAUAUCACCACUAAGAGCAGCUUUGACGGGACUGAAUUUGGUUACGAUAGGACAUUCCAACGCCAGUCCAGGCACUGGCAGCAAUACUGCAAGUUUAAGUUCAUCAAUGCCAUUUGUAGCAGUUCCGAUGGAAUUUUGUAUGCCAUUGGUGGCCAAUUUAUCAGCUGCUUCUUCAGGUGCCCCAUCAAAUUCAAGCAGUACGCGUUAUUCUGGAGGUACUUCCCCAGCACUGCAUCAAUUGCAACUGGCUCCGCACCUGGUAACAGCACAGCAGUCACAUACAGCAACGCCAGAUGGAGCACCUGAUUCUCCAGCAACAGUUGAUGACCCAUCAAGAUUACCUUUGGUUUUCACAAAUCCCAUUCGUGCUGCUGCCCUCGCUGCAGGGGCUCGAAUUGCCUCACCAUCUGAUGCUGCUUCAAUCAUCAAAGCUGUACAGUCGAAAAAUGCCAUCCAUAUCAGAGCGGGGGAGUGCUCACCGAGCAGCUUAAAACCUCUUGGACCAAAACCAUCGGCCCCACAUCCAGCCAAUGUUCAUUUUGUGCCAGUUAAUCGAAGUGGCACAGUAAAUGUGGUCUUGCCUGGCAACAAACAAGUUCAAGGUGGUUUCAGUGGAACCAUGACAACAUCCAAGGCAGGGAACUUACAUGGCCAGGCAGUCCUUCGCAAGGAGUUGAUAAAGGAUGAAAUGGCAACAGAUGGUGACAGUGAGGACCAGACAUUGGAGGAAGGAGCAAUGGAGUUCACUGAUUCAGAGGAUGAUGAGGUAUUCACUGAUGCCGAGGCAGGUGGAGGACCUGGUGUGAGUUGGGCAGCAGGGUGAUUUUGAGGUCGAAUUGUUGAACAAGUGGCUGAGGGGAUGCCCUUUUAUGGCCUUCUAAAUCCUUUAUACUCAUCCUCAGAGAAGCUUGCUGCUAGAACUGUGCUUAUUUCUCUCAUUGACCGCUUACUAACCCUUUGUGCAGGGAUGGUUCGAAAUUCAGUUCUCUUCUCACCCGCUACCACAAUUAUGUUCUGUUUCUCUUUCCUUUAUUUGGUCGGUCCAAGCUUCACAUUUUGAAUAUUGAAUGCUUAUCACUGUUCAUAGUCAUAUAGAUCUUUCUAUGCUCAUUGGAUAUGUAACCUGGGCAUGUUAUUUGCCCAGCUUACAGAGGAACCUAGUGACGUGUAUUUGGCACUAACUCCUGGUUUGAUGAUGCUAAUUGCCAUUUUGGCCUGAUC